CGGAUCACACGGCAUUUCUGCAUCUGCGCUGCCUGCAGUCACACAGGGUCAUCACGCACCGGGACAGAGCCGCGCAAGAACAAGUGCAGGGAAACUGACACAGCAGACUCGACUCCAGUAUUUGUUUUGGACGACGGAACCGCGCGAGACGGACAGUCCCAGGUUUCCUGUGAGGACCACAGCGCUGAUUUUAACUGACGACUGAGAGAAGUGGACCAGCAGCAAAUCCAAAGCAUGAAGAAGACUCCCAAUUCAGCUCUGAAGAGGUCCUUUGAGGUGGAGGAUGUCGACACUUCAUCUCACUUGUCCCCUGGCUCCCGUCGGACAACCAACUCCCCUCAUCGUAACGCCAUGUCUCCCACCAGCAUCUACUACCGCGACCUGGGCACUGCCGCCCCGGCCACCAACAACAACAACCUCAACUACACCCAGCCCCGCUCCAUCAUGGGUGGAGGGGGCUCCAAGACUCCUGAGCCUGUGUCACGCCGCUCUGAACUCUCCAUCGACAUCUCCUCCUCCUCCAGCAAACAGAUGGAUAACAUCACCAGCCCUGCAUCCACACGCUUUUCAACCAACAGCGCCCUAAAACGCCCUGAAGUCCUGGGCCACUCCAGGACCCCCGAGAUGAGCCACAAGAGGGAGGUCACUUUUGCCAAGACACCUACUGAUUCCCCAGCGAUACGUCGCAACGAGGGCAACAAUAAUAACAACGGCACCAGCCGGGCCCCUGAGCAGAAUCACGCUCGCAAGUUUGAGCCUCCCAGUCCUGGAGAUGUGCGUAAACCUGACAUCAGCAUCACCAGAGCUCCCCCAGAAAACAACGGCCACCACCCAGCAGUGCACCACCCACACCACCCCAACCCUCACCACAACACCAUUGUCACCACUUUCCGCUGCUCCUCGCCUAGUCAUGGACGAAAAUCCCCCAACCCUGACAGGUCAGAGGUCAGUCUGAGCCACAGCAACAUGUCAGAGUCCGCCAAGCCCCACCACCCCAACCCACAGGGAAAGGGGGACAAGACCCAUGGCAGCGACUUCAGCUACGUGGGCAUCGAUGCCAUCCUGGAGCAGAUGAGGAGGAAGGCCAUGAAGCAGGGCUUUGAGCUCAACAUCAUGGUUGUGGGGCAAAGCGGCCUGGGUAAAUCCACUCUCAUGAACACUCUGUUCAAAUCCAAGGUGAGCCGUAAGUCAGUGCAGCCUGACCCGGAGGAGAGGAUCCCCAAGACCAUCGAGAUCAAGUCCAUCAGUCACGACAUUGAGGAGAAAGGAGUGAGGAUGAAGCUGACAGUAAUUGACACUCCGGGCUUUGGGGAUCAGAUCAACAAUGAAAACUGCUGGCAGCCCAUUAUGAAGUUCAUCAACGACCAGUAUGAAGCCUACCUGCAGGAAGAAAUCAACAUCAACAGGAAGAAGAGGAUCCCCGACUCCAGGGUGCACUGCUGCAUAUACUUCAUACCUCCCACAGGCCACUGCCUGAGGCCUCUGGAUGUGGAGUUCAUGAGGCGUCUCAGUAAGGUGGUCAACAUCGUUCCUGUUAUCGCCAAGGCCGACACACUCACCCUGGAGGAGAGGGACUUCUUUAAACAGACGAUUAGGGAAGAGCUGCGAGCCAACGGAAUCGAUGUUUACCCUCAGAAAGAGUUUGAUGAGGAUGCAGACGACAGGAUGAUCAAUGACAAAAUCAGGGAGAUGAUCCCUUUUGCUGUUGUGGGCAGUGACCAGGAGUACCAGGUGAACGGAAAGAGGAUUCUGGGAAGGAAAACAAAAUGGGGCACCAUAGAGGUUGAGAAUAUUGCACACUGUGAGUUUGCGUACCUGCGAGACCUCCUCAUCAGGACACACAUGCAGAACAUCAAGGACAUCACAGGCAGCAUCCACUAUGAGUCAUAUCGUGUCCGCCGGUUAAAUGAAUCCAACGCCCAUUUCAGCUCACAACCACCCGACCAUCCUGCGGCUCAGCCGAAGGCCAACGGUCAGCCUGAGGAGCAGCCCAGCAUUGUGCAGGCCAACGGAGUGGCUGCUCAGCAUGAAGCCCUAUCCCACGAGAUGUAGAGUCAAUAUAUGAUAUCAGGACACAGCCAGGCAUAAAACAUACACUCACACAUGUACUCUGUUUACAUGAACAAGCCCACAUGCACACAAACACACACACCCAUGCUGUGAAGCCUAUUUUUGUUUCCUUAGAAGGACUUUUUUUUUUUUUUUUUUUUCCAAAAACUACCUAACCACAACUGUUAAUUUAUCAGGAAUUUACAGGACACAUGAUUCACAGUAAAUCCAAACAUUUUCCUUCCGUGGGCUGUUUUUUUUUUCCAAUCAUUACAACUCUGAGAAAAAUCAUGUCUUUCUUUGCAGAUCCACAUACUGUACAGAGUUCCUCUUUUUUCCCAUCUGCCUGACUGCACAAUGCAGUCUACAUUCAGGAUUGUUUACAAUAAACCAAGUUGUCAGGUUAUGGAUAAACAAAUGUAAAGCUAUAUGCCUCAUUACUGCUGGGUUUAUUUUUAGAGCACUCACUGACUGUCAGGGCUGCAGUGGAGUGCAGUAGCCAUGCAGGUAAGAUGUGAGUAGAUCAGUGGAAACAAUGUACAGGAUUUUGAUCAGAAUCAAUGAGUAUGAUGGAAAAAGAGCGCCCAUUAGGGAAAACAGUUGUAUACAGAAUACCUUUGCAGGAUCUUGGGUUGACAGACGGGAGGUUUAGCCAUGCAGGGCUGAGGAGAAAUGACAUAAUUCAUAAUGAAGUACAGCACGUCAGAUGAUACUACAUUAGUUUAGCAUUAGCAAUAACUGUUAGUGCCACUGGCCUGGUCUGCUUUGUGUUGUGGUGUAUAGUUUUGUAUAGAAACUAGGGAUUAAGUAGGGAUAGUUAGAUUAGGUUAUAGUAUCAUGGAGAAAGUAAAGAUAUUGUUGACACCUCCACGCUGCAAAAUAAUAAUACAAAUUAAAAAAGAAAAAAAAACACGUGAGCAGUGUCAGUGUGGAGCAGCAUUCGGAAAAAAUUUGUCCCUUGUCAUUUUUCCGUUGUGUUAUGAUGUUUUUAAAAACCCCUUUUUGCCAAGCCAUCUGUCUCUUUCUAUAUAAUGCCGAUGUUGUGUAAUACAGUCAUACCUUGCAUUUUACAUUGCUUAUUUACUAUUGUAUUUUUAUUGCUGUUGUUCAUGUUCUAAUAUUAUUGUAUACGAUGGGAGUUGUGGAGGAAUCUGUGCAACUGUUGUCCCAUGCAGCCGUUUUCUUCUGACUGUAAACCAAAUAAAAGUCAUUUUUUUCUGUUCUAAA